AAGCAGAAUGCGAGGAUGGCCAGCCUGCCCUUCAUCCCGGGCCCCGAGAACCUGCGCCCCUUCACCCCGGCCUCGCUGGCCGCCAUCGAGCAGCGCAUGGCCGAGGCCGAGGCGCUCCGGAUAAAGAGGCAGCAUGUGGAGAUGCCCGAGGAAGAGGAGGUCAAGCCCAGCAGCGACCUGGAAGCCGGCAAGAACCUGCCCCUCAUCUACGGCGACCCCCCCCCGGAGCUCAUCGGGACCCCGCUGGAGGACCUGGACCCUUUCUACAAGGACAAGAAGACAUUCAUAGUCCUCAACAAAGGGAAGUCCAUCUUCCGCUUCUCAGCCACCCCUGCCCUCUACAUGCUGGGGCCCUUCCACCCCAUCCGCAGAGGAGCCAUCAAAGUGCUCGUCCAUUCAUUAUUCAGCAUGUUCAUCAUGAUCACCAUUUUAACCAACUGUGUGUUUAUGACCAUGAACAACCCCCCGGCGUGGUCCAAGAAUGUGGAAUACGCCUUCACUGGGAUAUACACCUUUGAGUCCCUCAUCAAGAUCCUGUCGAGAGGUUUCUGCAUCGACGACUUCACAUUCCUGCGCGACCCGUGGAACUGGCUGGACUUCAUGGUCAUCUCCAUGGCCUACAUCACUGAGUUUGUGGACCUGGGGAACAUCUCUGCUCUCAGGACCUUCCGCGUCCUCCGCGCCUUGAAAACCAUCACCGUCAUACCAGGGCUGAAGACGAUCGUUGGGGCUCUGAUCCAGUCGGUGAAGAAGCUCUCAGAUGUCAUGAUCCUCACGGUUUUCUGCCUGAGCGUGUUCGCCCUGAUCGGCCUCCAGCUCUUCAUGGGCAACCUGCGGCAGAAGUGCGUGCGGUGGCCCCCUCCCAGCAUCACCUUCCUGGGGGACUUGGAGCUGGACAAUGACACGUUGGUCAACUCAACAUUUUACGACUUCGUGGAUGACUUUGCCAGCAACUUCACCAGCAACUUCACUGGCAACUUCACCGGCAACUUCACUGGCAACUUCACCGGCAACUUCACCAGCAACAGCACCUUUGAUUUCGAGGCCUACAUCAGCGAUGAAGCCAAUUUCUACUUCCUGGAGGGAGCCCUCGACGCCCUGCUCUGCGGGAACAGCAGCGAUGCCGGGAAGUGCCCCGAAGGGUACGAGUGCAUGAAGGCAGGGAGGAACCCCAACUACGGCUACACCAGCUACGACACCUUCAGCUGGGCCUUCCUGGCCCUCUUCCGCCUCAUGACACAGGACUACUGGGAGAACCUCUUCCAGCUGACACUGCGUUCAGCAGGGAAAACCUACAUGAUCUUCUUCGUGGUGGUCAUAUUUCUUGGUUCCUUCUACCUCAUCAACCUCAUCCUCGCAGUGGUGGCCAUGGCUUACGCUGAACAGAACGAUGCCACGCUGCUGGAGGAGCAGCAGAAGGAGGAGGAAUUCCAGCAGCUCUUGGAGCAGCUGAAGAAGCAACAAGAGGAGCAAGAAAAGAUGUUGCAGGACCGGCGGUCCAGCAGUGGUUCCCUGCCCAGCACUGUGGCCGAGAAGGAGCAGAAGGAGCACGACUCGGACCUCAACAGUGACCAGGACAAGGCCAAGGACUGCAACGGGCAGGUGAUCCCCAAGAUCACCCUGCAGAGAUCUGAUACAGUGAUUGAUUUCAACCAAACUUUUGAGCCAGAGAAACAGGACCACAACCACCUCACUGUGGGCAACCAAGACGGGCCAGGACUCGAGAAGAGGGUGGGAAGUGCCAUCAGUGUCAUCUCCAACGCUGUAGAAGAGCUGGAGGAAGCUCACCAGAAGUGCCCGCCCUGGUGGUACAAAUUUGCCCACACCUUCCUGGUCUGGAACUGCUGUUUGCCGUGGGUGAAGUUGAAGGAGUUUGUCAAGAUGGUGGUGAUGGACCCCUUCGUGGACCUGGGCAUCACCAUCUGCAUCGUGCUCAACACACUCUUCAUGGCCAUGGAGCAUUACCCCAUGACAGAGGAGUUUGAGAACGUGCUGUCUGUGGGCAACCUGGUCUUUACAGGGAUCUUCACGGCGGAGAUGGUCCUGAAGCUCAUUGCUCUGGAUCCCUACGAGUACUUCCAGCAGGGCUGGAACAUCUUUGACAGCUUCAUCGUCACCCUGAGCCUGGUGGAGCUGGGCUUGGCCAACGUGCAGGGGCUCUCCGUGCUCCGCUCCUUCCGCUUGCUGAGGGUCUUCAAGCUCGCCAAGUCCUGGCCCACCCUCAACAUGCUCAUCAAGAUCAUCGGCAACUCCGUGGGCGCCCUGGGGAACCUCACGCUGGUUCUGGCCAUCAUCGUCUUCAUCUUCGCCGUGGUGGGGAUGCAGCUCUUCGGGAAGAGCUACAUUGAGUGCGUGUGCAAGAUCUCCGUGGACUGCACCCUGCCCCGCUGGCACAUGAACGACUUCUUCCACUCCUUCCUCAUCGUCUUCCGCAUCCUCUGCGGGGAGUGGAUCGAGACCAUGUGGGACUGCAUGGAGGUGGCCGGCCAGACCAUGUGCCUCAUCGUCUUCAUGAUGGUCAUGGUCAUCGGGAACCUCGUGGUGCUGAACCUCUUCUUGGCUUUGCUGCUGAGCUCCUUCAGCGCCGACAGCCUGGCGGCGUCGGACGACGACGGGGAGCUGAACAACCUGCAGAUCGCCAUCGGCAGGAUCAGCCGCGGCAUCGCCUUCGCCAAGGCCACGCUCCCCACGCUGCUCCGGCGGCUCUGCAAGGGCAAGAAGGUGGCCCCGGAGGAGGAGCAGGAGCCCAGCAAGAGGGAAAACUCCGUGCUGAACCACGUGGAGACCACCCAGGAGACCAAGUCGGGGGGGUACCUGGACGGGAUCGCCGGCAAGGAGCAUAUCUUCAUGGACGAGCUGGAUCACAUGAACUUCAUCAACAACCCCAACCUGACGGUGCAGGUCCCCAUCGCCUCGGAGGAGUCUGACCUCUACGAGGAGACCAGCACCCAGUCUGAGACCGAGGACACCACCAAGAACCCCCUGUGCAGCGACAACGACUCGUCCCUGUGCAGCACCGUGGAUUACAAACCCCCCGCCCCCGAGGAGGAGGAGGUGGCAGAAGUGGCCGAGGAGAGCAACGAGCCCGAGGAGUGUUUCACCGAAGCCUGCGUGAAGCGGUUUCCCUGCCUCUACGUGGACAUCACCAGCGAGAAAGGGAGGAUAUGGUGGAACAUCCGGAAAACCUGCUUCCGCAUCGUGGAGCACGACUGGUUCGAGACCUUCAUCGUGUUCAUGAUCCUCCUCAGCAGUGGGGCACUGGCAUUCGAGGACAUCUACAUCGAGCAGCGGAAGGUGAUCCGGACCAUCCUGGAAUACGCCGACAAGGUCUUCUCCUACAUCUUCGUCAUCGAGAUGCUGCUCAAGUGGGUGGCCUAUGGCUUCAAGGUGUACUUCACCAAUGCCUGGUGCUGGCUGGAUUUCCUCAUCGUUGAUGUUUCCCUGGUCAGCCUGACAGCAAACUGGAUGGGAUACUCCGACCUGGGAGCCAUCAAGUCCCUGCGGACACUGAGGGCUCUGAGACCGCUGCGUGCCCUGUCCCGAUUCGAAGGCAUGAGGGUGGUGGUGAACGCCUUGCUGGGCGCCAUCCCCUCCAUCAUGAACGUGUUGCUGGUCUGCCUCAUCUUCUGGCUGAUAUUCAGCAUCAUGGGGGUGAACCUCUUCGCGGGGAAGUACUACAGGUGUGUCAACACCACCACGGGGGAGCUCUUCGACAUCAGCGUGGUGAACAACAAGAGCGACUGCAUGGCCCUGCUCCACACCAACGAGGUCAGAUGGGUCAACGUCAAGGUCAACUUUGACAACGUGGGCUUCGGAUACCUCUCCUUGCUGCAGGUGGCAACCUUCAAGGGCUGGAUGGACAUCAUGUACGCUGCCGUGGACUCACGUGAGAUUGAAGAGCAGCCACAGUAUGAGGUCAACAUCUACAUGUACAUCUACUUCGUCAUCUUCAUCAUCUUCGGCGCCUUCUUCACCCUCAACCUCUUCAUCGGCGUCAUCAUCGACAACUUCAACCAGCAGAAGAAAAAGUUUGGAGGCAAAGACAUCUUCAUGACAGAAGAGCAGAAGAAAUACUACAAUGCCAUGAAGAAGCUCGGCUCCAAGAAACCCCAGAAGCCCAUCCCCAGGCCGUCGAACAAGUUCCAAGGGAAGGUGUUUGACUUCGUUACCAAGCAAGUGUUCGACAUAACCAUCAUGAUCCUGAUUUGUCUUAACAUGGUGACCAUGAUGGUGGAAACAGAUGAUCAAAGCGAGCUCAAAACAUCUGUGCUCUACAAGAUAAACCUGGUCUUCAUCGUCAUCUUCACCGGGGAGUGUCUGCUCAAGAUGUUUGGCCUGCAUUACCACUUCUUCACCGUUGGCUGGAACAUCUUUGACUUUGUGGUGGUCAUCCUCUCCAUCUUAGGUAUCGUCCUCUCCGACAUCAUAGAGAAGUACUUCGUGUCACCCACCCUCUUCAGGGUCAUCAGGCUGGCCAGGAUCGGCCGUGUCCUCCGGCUGAUCCGAGGGGCAAAAGGCAUCCGGACUCUCCUCUUUGCUCUGAUGAUGUCCCUCCCUGCCCUGUUCAACAUCGGCCUCCUGCUUUUCCUCGUCAUGUUCAUCUACUCCAUCUUCGGGAUGUCCAACUUUGCCUACGUGAAGAAGGAGUCGGGGAUCGAUGACAUCUUCAACUUUGAAACCUUCGGGAACAGCAUCAUCUGCCUCUUCCAGAUCACCACUUCAGCAGGGUGGGACGGGCUCCUCAACCCAAUCCUGAACAGCGGCCCCCCGGACUGCGACCCCGAGCUGGAAAACCCUGGAAGUUCAGUGAAAGGGAACUGUGGGAACCCCUCCAUCGGCAUCUUCUUCUUCUGCAGCUACAUCAUCAUCUCCUUCCUCAUCGUGGUGAACAUGUACAUCGCCAUCAUCCUGGAGAACUUCAACGUGGCCACGGAGGAGAGCAGCGAGCCCCUCUGCGAGGACGACUUUGAGAUGUUUUAUGAAACCUGGGAGAAGUUCGACCCGGACGCCACCCAAUUCAUCGCCUACAGCACCUUGUCUGACUUUGUGGACACCUUACAGGAGCCACUGAAGAUUCCCAAGCCAAACAAGAUCAAACUAAUCACCAUGGAUCUCCCGAUGGUUGCUGGGGACAAAAUCCACUGCCUGGACAUCCUCUUUGCCCUGACUAAGGAGGUGCUGGGAGACUCGGGAGAGAUGGAUGCCUUGAAGGAGAGCAUGGAGGAAAAGUUCAUGGCUGCAAACCCCUCGAAGGCUUCCUAUGAGCCCAUCACCACCACUCUGAAAAGGAAACACGAGGAAGUGUGUGCCACCAAAAUCCAGAGGGCCUUCCGGAGGUAUCUCCUGAGGCGCUCGGUGAAACAGGCGUCCUACAUGUACAGGCAGAGCAAGGACGAGGACACCCUGGGCGAGGAUGCGCCCGAGAAGGAGGGUCUGAUUGCCACCAAAAUGCAGGAGAUCUACGGGAACAGUGGGACAGAGGUGGAGACAACCCCUGCCAUUGGCCUCGAGCCCAUUCCCAGCUCAGAGACGCGAGGUGCUCCUGAGGAAGCAAAAGCUUGGGAGAAGGAGCGCGUGGUGAAGGAGUCGCUGGUGUAACAGAAGGAGCUUCCACCUCUGGCCCAGCCUGAAGAGGCUUCAUUUGUAUCUCCUGCCCAAGAGCUCUUCCAUGCACAGAUCACCAGAUCUUAUAUAUUGAGCUAAUUUCAGAUGUUUCAAGCAGCCACCUUUCGAAGCAGGAUCUCCUCCCGGGUUUUCCAGCUCACUGCACUUGCAAAGAGUUUAAUUAUUUUUCUUAUGAGAACUGAAUGUGAAAGCUGUUG